GACACCCUGCAACUCCUACAGAGCAGGAAGGCACCGCCCCAAGGGCCAAAAGAUGGGGCGCCUUAAGCAGAAACCUGCAGGCCGCUGGUCACGGGGUGGUCUCUUGCAGAUUGGGCUUGGCUUGGCGUUGCUGCUCAGCUUGCGCCGCGAAGUGGCGCCCUACUCCACCAGCUUCGCUGGCGUCCGAGCUCAGGUCCAGCGGGUCCAGCGGGUCCAGCGGGCUGCUGAGAAGGGAUCUGAAGCAGGGGCCUGGGAAGCGAUGUCGCAGAGCGCCGCUGAACUGAUGGAAGACACCUCGGAAUUCUUCGUGGAGACGCUGAAAGCGGCCUUCGCCGACCGGGAUGGUGAAGAGGCAGAUAAUGAGUCUGCCAUCGCGGCGGUGGCGGUGACACGUUCCCUGGAGGAUCUGCCAGAGCAGACCUUGGCAACGCUGCAGGAGGUGGCCAUGAACCAGUCGGAGUCCGUGAGUUAUCUCUUGGACCAGGCCAAGUCCUUGAGUGUGAAACCCAGCGAGUUUGUGGAAGCCUUGGGGCUGGUUGGAAGGAGCAGUGCCGAGGUGGAAGACAAGGUAGCAGACGUUUUAGGUGGCGCCCUGCCGAACGGCCACGAGGCGAAAGAAAGAAUUCCCAGUCCAUACGGCCUGGCGGUGCACGACUCCGCCGCGCGCACCGGUGCCGACGGCUGGGUGGUGCCCAUUCGCGCUUGGAUCUAUCGCCGCAACGAGCAACGGCAUCGGAUUCGCAUGGCAUUGGCGCGGAAGAUCAUGAUGGAGAUGAUCCAUGGCAUCAAGAACAUUAGCAAAGAAGGUGUGAGGAGAUACGAGGAGCGUGGCCGCCUGAUCUUCCGCACCCUGGCCUUCCGCGGUGGCGAGCGCAAUGUGGUGCUCAGUGUGAAGUUCGAUGGCGAGGAGGAAUGGAGAGAUCUGCCACCUACAAAUGGCAACGGUCGCGUGGAGAUGGACGUGACGGUGCCGGACCACCUGGUGGAAAGCAUGGCCGGUGAGACCGGUAUCUUGAACUUCACAGUACGGCUGCCCACCAAAUCCCCUGGUGAGGAGGUUACGGCGAGAGGUUCCUCUUUGCUGGUUCAGCCUGAAGGAGUGUUGGUGAUCUCAGACAUUGAUGACACAGUCAAAGUCACUGAAGUCUUCCUGGGCAAGGAUGUCGUGGUGCGCAAUACUUUUUUAGAGGAGUUUCGACCUGUCUCGGGCAUGGUGAAUCUCUACCAAUCCUGGUGGGAGGAGUACGGUGCAACCUUCGCCUUUGUCUCAAACUCCCCACCUGAGUUGCAGGAGCCACUCCGGGAAUUCUUGAUCAAUUCAGGCUUCCCGUUAGCACCGGUGUUUCUACGGCCACUGGGGGGUUCCAAGGAGGAGCGGGUGAACUUCAAACAGUCCACGAUCUCCGAGUUGCUGCGGCAGUUCCCACGGAAACAGGUGGUGUUGGUUGGAGACAGCGGGGAGCGCGAUCCCAUCGUUUGCGCCGAGUUGUUGAGACAGCAUCCGGUGCAAGUGAGGAAAGUGCUGAUUCGGCAGGUGAGCCCGAAGUCGUUGGUGGACGAGGCCAUCUUCGAUGGCAUCCCAGCAGAUCGCUGGCAGGUUUUCACAGAUCCUGCUGACGCCGUUCUACCCGAUGACCUCAGAGAUCUGGCGAAGUGGUCUGGGAUCUUGAGCUAUGCCAAAAGCCUUGGAUCCAAGGCUUUGCAAGAAGCCGCCAGUGUCCUACCAGAUACAGAUGCUGUGGAGGAUUCAAGGGAGGUCACCGCUUGAGUUGCCACGCGUACAUUUUCCAGAGCUGCACUAGGGCAUUGCAAAAAAGUUGCUGGGU